AUGGCUACAACAACUUUGAAGCUCAAUCUUAAUAUCAACCAUGUCACAUUUUCCGACACGACUCGACCCGUGUCUCAUUCUUUUGGACAAGUUUCGCUUCCUAGAAAAUCCGAUCAUGUUUCGUCCACGUCUCGACGUUCGGUUUCUUCUUCUUCUUCCUCUUCGGUUUUAGUACCGUUGAUUGAUAUGUUUUCUUCUUCUUCUUCUUCUUCUUCUACCUCGGCCGCUGUUGCCAUGGUUCAUAAGGUGGCUGGUUUGGCGCGCUUGUGGCGACAAAUUCAUGGCUGCAAUGAUUGGGAACAUCUCGUCGAACCGACACUUCAUCCGCUUCUUCGACGUGAAGUUAUUCGGUAUGGUGAGUUUGUGACGGCUUGUUAUAAAGCUUUUGAUCUUGAUCCCAACUCCAAACGGUACUUGACUUGCAAAUUUGGGAAGAAGAGUUUGUUGAAGGAAGUGGGGUUGGAGAGUUCAGGGUAUGAGGUGACUAAAUAUAUAUAUGCUACCCCACCGGAUAUCAACAUUCCUCCUAUUCAAAACUCGCCUCCGUCUUGUGGCCGGUGGAUCGGGUAUGUCGCUGUCUCCUCCGAUGAAACUAGCAAGAGACUAGGGCGACGAGAUGUCGUCAUCACUUUUCGUGGUACCGUCACGAAUUCUGAGUGGAUUGCUAAUCUCAUGAGCUCGCUUACGCCUGCCCGCCUUGAUCCCCAUAAUCAUCGGCCUGAUGUCAAGGUCGAAUCAGGGUUCUUAACACUCUACACAUGCGAGGAAACGAGCACGAAGUUCGGCCUAGAGAGCUGUCGAGAGCAGCUCCUCUCGGAGAUCUCGAGGCUACUAAACAAGUACAAAAGUGAAGAAGUAAGCAUAACCAUGGCAGGGCAUAGCAUGGGGAGUGCAUUAGCUCUUCUCUUAGCAUAUGACAUAGCCGAGCUAGGGUUAAACAAAAGAACAAACAAGGAAGUGGUACCCGUUUCAGUGUUCUCCUUUGGAGGUCCAAGAGUUGGUAACUCAAGAUUCAAACAAAGAUGUGAAGAAUUAGGAGUCAAAGUAUUGAGAGUUGUGAAUGUGAACGAUCCCAUCACAAAAAUGCCAGGCGUUUUUGGAGGCUAUGAACAUGUUGGUGUUGAAUUGGCUCUUGAUUUCUUCAACAUGCAAAACCCUUCAUGUGUUCAUGAUUUGGAGACUUACAUAAGCUUGCUAAGAUACCCAAAAGAAGAACAUCAAGAACAUGAUGAU